AUGCCCAAAACACAAGAUGCCAAAUCUGCUCACACAUUCAAGGACCUUUCAAAUCUUGAGAAAGGAAUGAUUAUUGGUCAACACCUUUGGAAUCAGUACCGUUUCCAUUUCCGCUCAACAGAAUCUAAUCAAACGCAAUCCAGUAAAAGCCCAACCUCGAGCUUCGCAUCCAAAAAAAAAGCCAGCCGACCUUUGGUAAAAAGUAAAAAGCCAAUUAUAGCAGAACCAGAGGAGAUUGUAGCAAGAUCAAAGAAAACUGAUUAUAAAAACACUAUUGGGAGACACUUGGACCAUAUAAACAUGCGUUAUUCUGUUGUUCAAGGAAAGCCUUUUAUCGACCCAAAAUACAUUGCCCGUCACCUCAAAUUGCUGAAAAAUCUGAAGAACUAUGAGCUUUGGUGUAAAAGUGUUGUCUGGGCUGAUGAAUGCAGAUGUCACAUUUACCAAAGAAAUGGAAAAAACCAUAUCUGUCUUGAAUCCGAUGUAUACUAUUCUGUAUUCCCAACUUUAGAUCCAAGCCAGAUUAUAGCUACCGUUGUGGUUUGGGGAUGUAUCUGGCCUGGAGGUAUGGGACCACUAUUUACGCUCAAGGACAACAUGACUCCCGAGGAGCGGUCGGAUUUCUUAUUAGAAAAGUUCUUGGAGUUCUAUGAGACUCUUCCUGGUGUUUGCAGAGGUGGCUGCCCAUACAUACGAGAUAAGGCUGCACUACCCGAGGAUGAACCCACCAACAAGAAAAAAGGGGUUGGAUUUGAGAUUUUGGAAUGGCCAGAAAAUGGUCCUGCUUUUACUCCACUCGAGUACUUAUGGAACUACAUGUCCGAUAACCUUCUAUUAAUGACUGCUAGUCCUAAUACCCCAGAGGAGCUAGAAAAAACCUUACACGAAGAAUGGAACAAUAUUGAUGCAGGCAUUUGUAAGAAAUUUUACGGGAAGACGAAAAGGAAGCUGGCUACUAUUAGAGCUGAUAAGACUUCACGCUUUCGAUAA